GAAAAUUUCCUCCAAAAGUGAUGCAGAGAAACUAAUGCAAGAGAAAACGCAAGAGCGUGUGAUGUCACAAAGAUUAUUACAAGUGGCAGAAUCAAGUACGAAUCUCUGGAGAAUGGUACUGAAAAAAUCGCUCAAGUGGAUUUGUGUGCUGAGCCUAUUGUUUAACAACUUAAACCAAGGACAAGGUACCAUAUGACAGCAUUAAAAACUUUAAUUGCCAAGAAUUAUUUUGAAGAUGAUGCUGUGGAACAAGUAAAUGAAAUUGUAACUUCAUUGGAGAGGCAAAAAAACAAGUAACAAGUCAAAAGCGAAAAACAACAGUUGUGGGGAAAAAACAAUCUACAGUUGAUUUUUUUGUUAAAAAUAAUUGGAAACAUCUCCUCAGUCUGACUCUAUGUCAUCAGAAUCUGACUCUGAGGAAGUGCAAUGUGGAUAUUUAAAAAUGAAUGGCUGUAGAUGUGACUUACAAAAUAUUAAAGGUAGGUUACAGUCGCAUCUGCGCAUGUGCUGGACUUUUGUUUAUGUGGGGACACACAGGAAGUUGUCAUCCUCUGUUUGUGCUCGGUCCAGUCUCAUUUCUGGCAAUAACACGCGCGUUGUUUUUAUCGCAAUUGAAUUUAAUGCCCAAGGAGCGAAGAAGUUUCCAAAAUAUUUUGAGCUUUUUUGAGCGACAGUCCGUCAAAUAACGAGUUAUUGAGGCAACAUGACGAGUAGGAAAGGAUACUACGCUAACAGGGAUGCUUCGAAAGUGUAUCAAAGUGUAUCUAUUUUAUUGUUUUCCUCGAUGGAGAGCGCAUUCCAUUUCUGCGUCUGCCCAUGAAUGGCCAUGAUAUACCUGCAUGAGCUGCAUCCUCAAGCUUCUACCAAAGGUUGUCAAGAAAAGAAUCCUAGAAGGAUUGGAGAUUGCUCCAAACAUAGCUGCAAUGUUGAUCCUUCAGAGAAAUCGCUUGUUGAAGCCCAUCAAUCGAGGUUUUAAUGACUAUAAAAUUUUCUUUAUUACACUAUUUCACUAUUGUUAAUAUAUACGAACUGUUUAUCUAUUUUGUUUACAAACUGAAACCCAUAAUAUAAUUAUAAAGGCCUAAAAAUAUGAUACUCGAGACUAGUGAGUUGUCGAUGAAAAAAUAAUGAACAAUUUGGAGUGAACAUGUUUGGGACUUUUGGAUGGCUGUAUAUAUAGACGUGUUAUUGUCACUUGUCAGAGUGAUAAUCUACUUGGCUGCAGGGGUUUCAGAAUAAGCCGGCGGCCGGCGGAGUUCGGCCGGCUACUUGAACUUUUACCGCCGGCUACUUUCCGUCUGGUCACAGGAAAAAAUUUAUAUACAAAAGUAUACAAGCUAACCAACACGAUGUUUGUUAUGUUCCAAUUGGAAUUCAAGUUGGCCUCGAAUUUCGCCGAAAUCGAUUGACGGCAAUGGCGUUAAAAAUUGCCGCAGAACGUAACAGCUGUCUACGGCAAUUUUGUCAGUUUCCACGGCAUUUUUUUUUUUCAAAUUGCUGUAAUAAAAAUUUAAUUUUAUUGUUACAGACUUUGGAUUGCUGACAAGCUAGAAACAUGUUUACGUAUUUCUUUAGUGGGUUUUUUUCGAAGAAAACUGAGACUAAAAUAGUAAUUUACGGAUGAUUUGAUCAACAUCUGAAUUCAAGUAUCAAAAUAGUAAUGCACAGUGAACAUGAGUUUAAAAAUCAUACUAUACGGCAAAAAAUUGCCGUCAUUGCCGCAAUAAUCCACAGCAUUUUGUUCUCCCUCUACAGCAAUUGCCGCGAUAAAAUUCAAGCCCUGAAUUCAAGCAAAACAUCACUUAUUUUGGAAGAUCAGUAAGAUAAAUUAUAAUACAUAGUACCAAACAUAGCAAAAGAAAGAAGAAGUGGUGAAGUGAAGUUCAUUACGUACAUAAAUAUAACAUCAUUUGAUUAAUGAUUUUGACUAAAAUAAUUACUAUUAUACUGUAGUGUACAUUGUCAUUCUGUUCAUACAGCCUUAAAAAUUAAACUACAAGUAGCGCAUUAAAGUACAUUGUCACUUACAAGUAUAAGGGGCGGACCAUUUGAUUUUUUUUUGGGGGGGGGGUUGGAAGAUUUCGAAAAAAAAUUCCUGCAAUCCAAGGAGAAAGAAAAAAAAACAUGCAGCAUACAAUCGAAGAAAAAAAUAUCAUGCAAAAGAAAGCGCUCAAAAAAAAUUCCUACAUGUAAAUCUACUGACGUUCUUCACUUCAGUAUUGUGUCCACAGGCUUGCAAGAUUUUGCAUUUUUGAGCAGGCACGUUUGCUUAAAAGAGCACUGGGUGAACAGUGGACAACAUCACAGGGAUUCUGGCGCCUUUGGAGUCUAUAACAUACCUUAUUUUUCACCCUGCUCGGUUUCCUUUGUUCUUGUCGGGGAAUAUAUUCAAUAUUCUCCUCUAAUCAAUUUCCGUUUAAUAAUCCCCUCUAAUAUUCACCUGCAAUUAAUAAUCCCCUCUAAUAUUCACCUGCAAUGUCUUUGCAGCACAAAAAUUGAUGAGAAAAAAACAACAUCGCGAAGGCAAAAUGGCAUUGAGAAUUAUUUCUUUUCUGACUCAUUAACGCGACCUCGCAGUGUGAAAAAUAAGUACGUUAUUUUGAGGCACCUCGGGGAUAUGUGUUUAUUCACCUCGGCGCUGCGCGCCUCGGUGAAUAAAUCACAUAUCCCCUCGUUGCCUCAAAAUAACCUAUACAUAGCCAGUGGCGUUCCCUGGCAAAAUUGUUGCCCCCCUUGAGAAAAUCUGGGCUUAAGAUAUGUAUAAGUUAUUUAUACAUAUCUAAUAUGCAUGGUAGAAAAAGUAUUUUUGGAUGGUUGAAUCUGUGUGCGUUUUUUGAUAACAUAGCUCCAAACUAUUAAAGCUUCAAAGGCCCAUCUACAGGAUGCAAGUUGAACGUACUGUAUAUACGAUGAUUUUAAUGCGAAAAUGCCAGUUUAGAUAGUCUAGAUUUUAAAAAAUUCUGAAGAGGAUGCAACCCGAUCCCCAACAAGCUAUUUGUAUGAACGAUUGAACAGCUACAGAGCUAUAUUUGGUGGAACAUUGUUGCUUCGGAGGGCAGUUAAAAAUCGCAUUAUUGAAAUCUUGUUUUAUUACAUAUUAAUCAAAGCUCAUUUUGUGAUUAGUCCCUUGUUUAAAAUAAAGGACAAUGCGUGUUCCUUAGGCUUAGUACAGCAAAGUUGUUGGACGAAUCCAUGGCUGAAAACGCAGGAAAUAGCAUUUCCGAGGUUCAAAUUUUAAAAUUUUCUCGGGGCAGCAUGCCCCCAAGCCCCCAAGGUUACAGGUCAUUCAUAUACUGUACCUCCCCCAAUUUCGAGUACUCUACUCUAUCCCUGCAUGCUUUAGGUUUUGGUGCAGUUAUACAUUUUUUGUAAGUAAACCUGCACGCUUUAGUGUAGGGAACAUUAAGACAUAACCAAAUAUAAAAUAAAGCACUGCAGUAAAAAUUCCUUUGCCCCUCUUGGGAUUCAGGCUCGGCCUCCUCUGACUGAAAACCCUGGCUAACGUCUCUGACGAUAGCUAUAUGAAAGCCUUAAGUUACUGUAAGCAGUUAUUAUGAAGGACAAAAAAAUAUCCUGCUGCGAAAUAUAUUGGGAAAAAAAUAUCUUGUGCUGCACUUUUACUGGAAAAAAAUAUCUGUCUUAUUCCCCUGGGUGGAAAAACAAUUCUUGCACAGACUGAAUCUUCCAACCCCCCCCUCAAAAAAUCAAAUGGUCCACUCCUAAAUGCAAAUGACAUCUAAAUCUAACAUGUUAAUAGUUGUACUUUGUCUUUUUACGUAUUCUAUAUUAUUUGAUUGUUAAUUUGCGGCGAAAAUUUUUUAAAUUUCCAUGCGAGGGCACACUCCCCUCCCCGCGCGAUAUUUUAACUAUCAGUCACAGCCGGCUACUUUUUUGGUACAACCGCCUACUUCAAAUCAUUCUGAAACCCCUGGGCUGUGGCAGUGCUUUACUGUCUUUGACUGUCUGCUCAUGGACAACUUGUGCUCACUUAAAACUUAAUAGAAACACAUCAAAAAGUUUCUCUGAUCAAAGUUAAAGUAGAUUUUAAUUUGAUCAAAGCACAUAACAGUUUAAAUGCCUUUUAGUUGCUCUGAAGACUGAAGUUACAGUACUUGACCUAAUGGGGUGUUUAUAUGGAGGCAAGCCAGCUCGGGUGCCUGAGCUAGCUCGCUUGGCCGAGAUCUAAUGUUGCUAGAUAAUUUAUACUAAUAUUCGUAUUGUGUGUAUAUGAGAACCAGGCUUGCUUGCCUAAGCAAGAUCUUGUUUAAUUUGUGAAGCCCGACAGAGCCCCAGAUCUCGCCUAGGUUGGCUGGUUUGCCUAAGCCGCUCAAUACGAAUAUAUUGUACUAAUUGUAGUAAAUAAGACUUUCUCAACAGAUUUUUGAUCUAUAAUUUUAUAAAUUAAUACCUCUGUGAACAGUUGUGAUGGUCAUAACCAUGACAGUUUCUCGCGAUGAUUUGUUUUGGUGCCAGCCUGCUACAUGAUGAAAUUAGCUAGGCAAAGCCACCUAGCUCAGGUAACUGGGCUGGCUUGCUUCCAUAUAAACACCCCUAAGACAUUUAGUUUAUAAAAGAUUUUGAUCACAAAUACUUAUAUGAUGUAAACAAACUCAACUAAAAAGUAUAUUUUCCACCCUAAUUGUAAGUAAAAGCUUGCAUAUAAGAACCUGUAUAAGGGCCUGUCAGGCUAAUUUUUCAGUAUUUAGACACUCAAUCUGUUUAGGCUAGUAUUUCAGGUUCUUAUUUUAUCACAUGGAGACCAGUCAGAUCUAAAAAUGUAUAAAAAUCAAAGAGAAUAAACUCUUCACAAAGUAAUGAAAAUGAUCCAGAACCCUGAAAAUGUCAUUGAGAUAAAUAAAGUGUAGCUUUACAGUGCAUACAGCUUUGUAUAAGUGCAUAUAUACUGGCAUUUUUAGAUGAUCAUGACUGAUAUAGUUACUAUACAUGUCUUGUCCAAAAGUGGGGUCUGGGGGUUUGAAAUCAGAGCUUUCUUUCUCCUAGAUGGAUUGCCAGCCAAGGCUUAUGAGCUCCAUCUACACAAAGGAAUCUGAUUUUAAGGUGCCAGACACUUGUCAGUUCAUAUUGUACUAUAAUUGCCUGAUUUUGUGUCACAAAGAGUGGCACCAUCCCAUUAUCUAUGUUGCCAGAACAGGCUGCCGUGCAUGGUCUGUUUUGGGACAAAAUUAGACAACACAGUAAAACCCUGCGAAUAAGAACCUAGAUUUCUUUCCAAGUUAGCCUAAACAGGUUCUUAUGUACAGGGUUUGAAAUAUAUUUUAGUAUCCCGAUAUCCACAGGAUACCAAAAAUUUGGUUUUGGAUACCAAAUUAUGAAUAAUACUAUCCUGACUGGAUACUAAAAAAUUUUCUUUGAUGGGCUCCUGAAAGUUUUUGAAUAUUAUCAGUUUACCACCAGUCUUUCCUCACUGAGGACUAGCAUAUAGAAGUUUGUUGAAGAAUUAUGUGGAUUAAUUGUUUAUUUGUUGUUGACUGUGGAGUCUCCUCAGUUGUUAUUGUAAUUUGUAACAGUGAGUGUUAUGGAAACUUAUUUGGAUGGGAUAGGAUAUACUAAACUUUGAAUCCUGGUAUCCCCUUUGGAUACUGAGAAAAAAUAUAAAUUUCAGACCCUGAUGUAAAUGGUGCUUAUCUUAUUGUUCAUGUUACAAACUGUAAUUAUAUUUAGUAGCUAUAUUCAGUAUUCUCAGGGGGCAUAUAAAGGCUAUAAAUAAAGCCCUGGAGUCAUGUUUGUGCUUUUAACCCCUUGGAGUUCUCCUUUAAUGUCUGUAUAUAUAUAUAUAUAUUACCAUAUAACCCAAUAAAUCUGUUAAAAAAAAGAAAGAUUCGUUGAUGUAAAUCAAAAUUUCAUUAGUGUUUCCUGGGCAUUCUGAUGAGCUCUGAUAUAGAGCGAAACAAGCAUAUAUUUACAAUUGUCCUCCGUCUUGAAGAGACAUGAUGAAGUAACCUGAUCACCAGAAUUGUUGAAGCUAAUAUUAGAUCAUUCAGUGUCACAAGAAUAUCAUCAUUUAGUGUCAAUAUGAGAGUAAUAUCAAUGAAUUGAUACUUCCAGUUCAUAAUUUCAAAACAUACAUUUUUAUAACACAAAAAAGUUUAAUAUAAUCUUAGCGUCUCGUACUCUCGUAAUCUUAGCGUCUCGUACUACUCUUCUGUUGUUUAUAUUAAAACAGCAUCCAAAAUUAUCUCCAUAGCGCGCACGAGCUUGAACAAAAGCUGUUUAUCCAGCUUUUGCACGGUCAAAAAUUUCGCCCUUGGCUUUGCCACGAAGACAGGAACUGCAGCCACAUUUCUCAAAUUAUCACACUUGUUUCGAAUUUCGUCAAGCGAAAAGCUUUCCCCAAGUGCUUCUGUCAUAAUGACAACAACAACUCUGGCAACAUGUUUCGAGGGAUUGUUACCACAUGAACUAUUUUCGUGAUUAGACACAAACUCCAAAGGUAAACACUAAACACAAAUUAUUCGAACUCACACCUUCGGGAUUUCGGUUCGCCGCCCCAGCUGUUGUAUAUAGCAAGUCACACAAGGUUCAAAGCGGCCUGUUUAUUCACAAUGUUUACAGUUAAUUAAAGAGUUACAGUAUAAGAUUGUGUUAUUGUGUACAAACAUUUCCAGUGUAGAAAUGUACAAUAAAUGCAGCGAAGUAUUGUAAAACAUUGCACUCCUCGGUCACAAAUUAUGUGGAAUGUUACUUUGAACUCGUCAUAUACUUCAUCUUAUAUAAUUAAUGUGGAUCAAAACAAAAAACGUAAACAAAGUCCAGCGCAUGCGCAGAUGCGACUGUAACCUACCUUUAAUGAUAUUAACAAUAACAGGAUUAUGUUUUUAUUCAUUUUGAAUUCACUUUAAAUCUAUUAUUUUGUUAUAUAUUGAAUGUUGUUUAUUUUAAUAGGAAUGUUGUGUAGUUGUUAUAGUAUGUAAUGAGUGAAAACAUGGCUAUAAGUGUUUCCUGGCCCAUCCAUUUGCACCAAAACAACUUGAUGGCCCACCCAAACUGAUGAAAAUAAUUUCAUGGCCCAUCCUUAUUUCCUCCGGCCCACCCUAGCAGUUACUUUAUGACCGGUCCCUAAGACUCUCAAAGGGAAUGUACCGUCAUAUCUACAAGACUUUUUUCAGUUCGUGACACAGGGUACAAUUUAAGAAAUUCUGAGACAAGAUUAAAUUUGCCCAAGCCACGAACAAAUUACUUAAAACGAAGCUUUUGUUAUAGUGGUGCCUACUUGUGGAACAGUCUUCCUCAAGAUAUACGAAAGCUUCAAACAUUUCCACAAUUUAAGAAAGCUGUAGAUAAGUAUUAUAAUAAUUCAAGUGAACUCCCACACGGCAAUCUUGUAAACCAGUAGUAGAUAAUUUUUAGAUUUUUUUAUAAUUGAUGUGUGUAUGUAAUUUAUAACUGUCUUAUUACGCUUAUAAUAGUUAGAUUAUCCAUGUACAGAAGAUUUUACCGUGUUUAAAUAAAUUUGUAUUGAUUGAUUGAUUGAUUGAUUGAUUGAUUGAUUGAAGAAGAAGAAGAAGAAGAAGAAGAAGGGGAAGGGGAGGGGGAAGGGGAAGGGGAAGGGGAAGGGGAAGAUUAGCAGCGAUUGGGGACCAGUUCCUGGUCCAAAAAUCCUGAUCACCUCAUGAGUCGUACUAUAAAUAGUCGUAAUGUCGAUCCCCGCAGUGAAAUCUACAACAUUCCCUAUAUCACUAUUAUUAAUCCCGAUAAAGCUUUUGUCUUCUAAUAGCACAGAACCCCAAAAUCCAUUGUGAAUUCAGCUCGAAUUGUAUUUUUUACAUCGUAAUUUUAAAGCUAAAACAAACACCCCUGUUCGAACCAGCAUGCGGGCAUUACGGGAGCGCCAUAGCCGUUCCCCCGCCUGUGUUUUACAGCGCUAGCGCCAUGGUCUUAACGGUAUGUACUUGUCCAAAAGUAGCGAACAUUGAGUCUAAAAUUGGUUUGACGUUUUUAAACGAGGAUGAUUUACAAUAUCCCACGACUGGGUACCGACUGUAGAGAUCACAAGCGGACCAAUAUAUAUCUUCCAUCUUUUAUAAACGGACAUUUAAAAUCGACUGAUAUCGUGUGCUUGACAUUCGGUGGCAAUAGCGUUGAACGUAAUGUCCAUACCGCUGCCUUGGUGAAACAUCUCAAUUACAAUUGCAACCCUCUGGUGGUUUUCUUGCUACAGUUUCAACAUCUGAUUGUCAUUCUGCUUGUCAUUAUUUGUUAUUAUUCUAUAAACUAGCCAAUAGACAAUUCCCAUUAUAGACUAAUUUUUUAUCUUGCAAAAAAAGUAUAUCCCCGGAAAGAGCGUACUAAAAUUAGUAAAAUUGCAAUGUUUGGUUUCGAAAUGUUGUAAAAUGCGGAAAAUAUAGCCUUGCAAAUUUCGCAAAUUUUGUAUUCAAUUAGUUUUGUAUUGCAAGCGGAAAUUGCUACCACAUUUGGUCCGAAAAUAGUAGCAAUUUCCGCACGCAAUACAAAAGCAUACAAAAUUUGCAAACUUGGCAAGGCUACAUUUUUUGUAUUUUACAACAUUUCGCAACCAAACUUUGCAAUUUUACUCAUUUUAGUGUACGCUGUGGUGAUUUAUUUGCCUAGUUUUAAAAUUAGUCUAUAAUGGGAAUUGUCUAUUAUACUUAAUAUUUCUAAUAGCUCCAUGCUAUAUGGUGCUAGAAGAAAUAAAGUUGAAACACUCAACAAAUGUAAUUAUUAGCCCUGCAUGGGCACCGGCGACUUACGUUUUCGGUUUUACAUCGUUGGCCACAAAUCGGAAUAAUUCAUGUAAUAUCGGAUCAAAAUUCAAGAUGGCGGAUCCUUUUUACACCAAUUUCGUAGAUCUCUUAAUGUAAGGGUGUUUUUGCCUCUAACAAGCAACCCAACAAUCUGCGAGAAAAACAAUCGUUUGUACAACUACAAAAACCAAGCCGAAACUAAAUGCAGAACUGAAGAAUAUUAGGCUUGGCACUUUCAUUUUCUAUGAAUUUCUUAGAUUCUGGAAAAAAUUGCUUACUAUCAGUUAAAUUUCCUUAAUCUCUCACCAAAAUCGUUUUUGUUUGUUUUGAGUGAUUUUAAAAGGUACAUUUACUGAGCUUUUUGGGCAUUAGUUAAUUUAAAAAUUUGCCAAUAAUCAAUGCAUUAUAUAAUGAUAUUAAUAUUCCCUAACAGUUUAAUUUCCUUAAAGAAAGUUUGCAUUGUUAUGGACUCACACUCAUUCUUUUUCAAGCCUUUUUUAAUCCGUAGCAAGCCCGACGAUUUAGUCCCGCUAUGCAAAUCGGACUAAGUGCGGGACUAAAUUGUCGGGAUGGCUACGCCUGCACUGCUUCCAUAAGGUAUGAAGACAUAAACCAAAGAAAGGCAACAACUUUUGAUCUGAAACAUGAUCAAACGUUUUCAGAUCACUGCUUAUGAAGUAGACUAUAUAUACGUUUAAAUAAUGGCUUGUUUUUUAUACAUCUAGCCCCAGGUUCUUCAUCAGAAGCUGGUCAACUGAAUAUAGAAGAAGGCGAUCGUGCUGCUUGGGGAAAUAAAGCUGAGUUUCUUUUGGCCUCCAUUGGACUGGCUGUUGGCUUGGGAAAUGUGUGGAGAUUUCCAUACUUAUGUCAGAAAAAUGGAGGAGGUAAGUUCAUUUGAUUGGCAGAAUUUGCUUAUGUAAAGGUAUAUUGUAAGGUCUUCCCUUAGCCCUUUGCUAAACAAUAACCUAUGCAGUGGCCAUUACGCUUGGGGGGGGGGGGCGUUUUUCUAAAAUCCUGGCGAGCGGGGGAGGGGGAGGAGAGGUUAGAUGAUUUUUAGAACCAUGUAGUGACAACGUUCGUCUUAAAAAUUUGGCGCGUGCGAACAGGGCGUUCGUAAUUUUAACGAACGCUUUAGACGAUUGUAUCAUUUUACCGUCGAUUUUCAAAAUUUACCAACGAUUUUCAAAAAACUGGGGGUGUCACCCCCCAACAACCCUCUCCUCGCUCGGUACGCCCCUGAACGGGCUGAACCUAUGUUUUGAUAUAUAAUAAUCUUGAUUUAGAAAAUAAGCUAUCCUUAUUAUAACAUAAAUGAUUAAUAUUCGUUCAUAUCAUUUUCGUUGAAUUGUGUAUGUUAACUAAUAGUUAACACCGAAGCACAUAAAUGUAUGAACGUAAAGCGUCGUUACUGCCGGAACGAAACAAUAGUCAAAACUAUACAGUUUCAAACUAUUGGCUGAUAUGCACUCAAUCCGUUCUCAACCGUAGAGUAGCGAACUCUUAUUGUGUAAACGUUUGGCAUAAUUUAUUCGCACGAAAGUUGGCCGUGUGUUGCUGAUUUACACGAUUGCAGGAUUGCUUGUAACUCGGGACGUGUCACUCAUUCCCUGAAUAGCACACACGAUGCAUGCCAUCCUUUACCUAGUGAACUAAAACUCGGAAUAUCCGCAGAAUGUUUUCUGAUAUUACUUAAUUUACUUUAGAAGUCGGCCUGGCUUAUUUGUAUACGAACAUUCAUUUUCAAUGGAAUAUGAUGACUUGACAGUCUCGUGCCAUGUACUGUUCUGUACUGUAGAAUAUAUAUGCACGAAUUUGCAUGAAAUCUGAUAAUUUCAUAGACUGCAUGGCCAGAUUAUAAAAUUUCUCGGGGAAACACAUCACCCCAGCCUUGAAUUUUUCUAGCCCCCUUUCCCCAUCUAUAAUAUAACAGUCAAGUUUUAUUUAUUCGAUAUUUUUUCUUCAGGAGCCUUCCUGAUCCCAUACGUCAUCUUCAUGUUCAUCGAAGGCGUGCCUUUGAUGUUGCUGGAGUUCGCGAUAGGACAGAAAAUGAGAUCUACAGCAGUGAAUUUGUGGAAAGGCAUCCAUCCAGCUUUGUUUGGUGUCGGUAUUUGCUGCAUUUCUGUUUCAUUGUUCCUGUCCGUUUAUUACGUAGUGGUAAUCGCAUGGUGUAUUUUCUACCUCUUUUCCUCCAUGCAAUCUGAAUUACCUUGGCAAGGGAAAGAGCUCUGUACAAAAUAUGACGCCUAUAACGCAUUAAAAAGCCAAGCAGAUGCAUUAUCCAGCAAUGUUUCUCAUUAUCAAGCCAUGACAGAUAAAAAUGCCUCUAUAUGGAAUGUUUUAAAUACAACUAAGUCUAAGUUAAACCAGACGCAGUUUGAGAUAAACAAUUUUGCAGAUUGCUGUGUGAUUGACCCACAGCAGUGGUAUUUCUAUACUAAGGCAUUGGAAGUCUCAACAGACAUAGAGGAUUACAGUAACGGAUUGAAUUGGAAAUUGGUGGGAUGUUUUAUAUUGGCCUGGAUCAUUGUCUAUAUAUGUGUUAUUAAAGGGAUCAAGUCUACUGGAAAGGUUAGUCAAUCGGCCGGAUUUUUCCUGUUGUGAUAUUCUCAGUGCUCAUGCAGGCGUAAUAUAUGCUAAUAACGCGCUACUGGCUAUUCGCUACAUUUGUGGUGAUUUUACAGCGCACAUGACACGAAAUGUUUAUAUGCAUCACAUGAAAGUACGAGUUGCUAGAAUUAAACCGAUCGUUGAAAUUUUUAGGCAAACAAUAAGUUACAACGUGUUCCUUACCUCCAAAAUAAUUUAAUGCGGUACUCACCUUUAUGUUGUGAAAUAUUCAAAAAUUUGUACCUGACUACUACGAAUCGAACUGCUUCCCCGCUUCAGCGACUUUGUACGCCAUGCAUGUUGAUUGAUAUUUCAACCACACUCGCUCGUACAAGCCUAAGACGCAGUAGAAAUAUGAAACAAGCAGAUUUAGUCGUCAAAACUUUAAUCAAAGCGAAAACGAUAAAAGUUUUCUUGCAAUUCUCCUUGGCAAUUCUCAUGUGUUUAACACCUUCCCGUGUUCGAAAAGUAUAUGCACCAUGUUGAAAAAUUCUGUUGUCAAACUAAACUACCAUGAUAUGCUUAACAAUUCCGCAAUUGGCCCAUUAGUAGGCCUACGUCUUCUCACUUAAUCACAAGUUCUACACAUAUACGUACCUUGAUUAGUAUAUAUGGCUUGUUGAGUUAACAUGUAACGGUUAUUGAAAUCAAACUUCUCUCCCUAAUGUCAAUGAAACCUUCCAUUAUUUCAGUACUGGUAUGAGACUGACGUUUAUUUGGCAAUUGGUACAUUCAUCUUCCACUCUGGGGGAAAAUCUUAUAAUAGUCAUUGUAAAACUCAUUACUCAUUAGCCAGAUUUACAUGCACUACGACGAUUUACAUGCACCGCUUCAAACAGUUAGCCGGGUUGGGGACGGUUGGACCCUGGAUAAUUUUAACCCGGGUUCGUUUCCUUUAAGUGCAAACAUUGGAAACCCCAGUUUGACUCGAGUUAGUUUGGAUCUUUUAUACUCUGGAACAUGAUUUAAACUAACCUAGAUUAGGCAUAUUAACACUGAGAAACAAACACGAGUUAAAUUUAAGAGAAUUUCACUAUCCCUUUAUCUGGAAGGUAGGACGUAUGUUUGGUAUAUUUGUGGAUGUGCACGAUAUGGUUUUGCAGGCUUUCCGAGUCAAAUUAAGAGAUUUGCUCAAUAAGGUCAAAAAAUUAAUUUAAGGCCUUUCAUAUUGUUCAUUUCAUAACAUUUCUAUUAUAUUUGUUCGUUUUAGGCCGUGUACUUCACAGCAACAUUUCCAUAUAUUAUUCUUCUUAUCUUAUUCUUUCGUGGUGUAACUUUGGAAGGUGCUGGAAAUGGAUUGAAAACGUUCUUUACACCAGAGGUAUAA